CAUGCACCUUUUUUAUGGGCUUUUGUCCUGCAUGGCAACGCUCUCCUUGAGCCUAUUUAUGGUGGUGCCAUAUUGUUUUGUCGUAACAAAACAGUGGGCACGAUGGCGCAAAGCAUGUGGCUCGCUCCUCUCACCUCAUCGGCCGCUUGGACGGCACAGGCUCAGUCGAGCUGCUCGGCGGCCUCCGUCUUUGCCACUCUCGUCGCGGCCAUCGUAACAAAGGGCAUAGCGACGGCCCAGCAAAAAGCCAAGCAAACGAAGGAUAUUGUCAAGGGUCCGUACGACUUUAUUGUGAUUGGCGGAGGAAGCUCCGGCUGCGUCGCGGCGAGUCGUUUGAGCGAGGUGUCUUCUUGGAAGGUGCUGCUUCUGGAAGCUGGGGCCGAAGAGCCUAACUACGGCAUGGUUCCGGCUUUCUACAACCGGUACUUAACAGGUCCCUUCUACGACUGGCAGUACAAAACACAGAAGAGUGGAUGGGAUGCGGGCGGCUCUACUGGAAGAGGUAAGAUCUUAGGAGGAUGCAGUGCCGUUAACGCUCUUCAUUUCACUCGGGGCAAUGCGGGCGACUUUGACCACUGGAGCUCUCUCGGGAACACCGGCUGGAGCUACAAAGACGUUCUACCGUAUUUCAAGAAGUCCGAAAACAACUUAAACCCUGCCAUUGCCUCAGACACUCAGUACCACGGCAAAGGUGGCCCCCAGGAUGUGGAACUGGACCGUUACAUCGACCCAAACACGCAGCUGCUCAUGAAGGCUUACGAGGAAGCUGGCAUUGCAAGUAUCAAUGACGUCAACGGAGCUAAGCAGAUUGGUGUCUCAAGGGCGCCGUCGUCCGCCUCUCACGGCGAGCGUUUCAGCACCAACCGGGCCUUCCUGACGCCGGCCGUGCGUAGGAGGCCGAACCUGACGGUGCAGACAGGUGCCACCGUCAGGCGCAUCAUUCUGUCCAGCGGGGCCGGCAAGCCUCGCGCUGUGGCUGUCGAGUACGAUGGACCGCAGGGCAGGAAGACUGUCAAGCUCAACAAGGCCGCCGUGCUCUCGGCCGGAUCCUUCAACUCGCCGCAAAUACUUAUGCUGUCCGGUAUCGGUCCUAAGUCACAUCUUAAUGAUGUCGGAAUCAAGCCGGUCGUCGAUUUGCCAGGGGUUGGGCAGCGCCUUCACGACCACAUGUUUGCAAAGGGUAACGUUAAGUUUUUGUUGGGCAAAACCGCAAAUCUGGGCACUCAACAGCAGAUCAUUGCCACGAUUUCCCAGUACGUUCAGAAGCGGACUGGUCCUCUCACGGCCACGGGCAACCCGGCGAACGUCUUCUUCCGCUCUAAGUUUCAAAAGGCCGAUGACCCGCGCCCUGACAUCCAGAUUCCCCUUGGCGGCUCUCAGUACCUAACCACAACAGGCGUCAAAGGAUGUGCCUCACCCGAGGCAGCUGGCACCUACUUCAAUCAACUUGGUUUUAAUGCCAUAAAUCUCCACCCGAAAAGUCGCGGGCACAUUCUGCUCAACAAGGCAAAUCCGUACGGCAUGCCUCUCAUUUACCAUAAUGUAUUUGGCGACGAGUCGGAUCUGAAACCAAUCUACGAGGCCUUCCGACUAGCGGUGAAACUCAACUCAACGAAGGUGUUCCGCGACAACAACAUCACUUUGAGCUACAAUAAGCCCAAGCAGUGCACUCAGCUCACCUUUAACAGCGACGAGUUUUGGAAGUGUACCUUCCAGGGCGCAGGAUCCGCCAACCAGCACCCCACGUCUACGUGCAGCAUGGGACCUGACAGCGACAAGCUCGCCGUCGUCACACCACGUUUGGCGGUGCGCGGCGUCGAGGGGAUCCGUGUCAUGGAUGCAUCCGUCAUGCCUGGCACAACGAGCGGCAAUACCAACGCCGUCUGCGUCAUGAUUGGCGAGGUCGGGUCGGAUUUCAUCAAGCAAGACUACAACGUCAAAACUGGCUAAACCAACACAGAAAGGCGUGCAUUGCCUCCUAGUGCAGCGCCGCUUAAUCAGAUACGCUGUACCCACCUAACCAUUUCGAACAUUUUGCAUUCUGGAAACCAGUCCAGUCCCGACUGAAACAAAACGGCGUUUCCGAUGAUAAAGAGCCGUGGUGAUCUGAUUUGAGGGGCCGCUCUCUGCUAUUUAAUAAACGAAAUACAAUCUGCCAAACAAAGCAUUACCAAA